UUCGCUGGGCGGCCCUGAAGGUGGUGUGGCGAGUCCUCCGCCUCGCUCUGUAAGUUUCCCCCUGCUGAACUGUAGGGUGAGGGUUGGGUGGUGGAGCAACCUGCGCAUGUGCAUAGGGCUCGACUGCCGCAACCGCUGCAGUGAAGGAGGGCGCAUGCGCAGUGGAGCCGUGCGUGUGCGUGUGCGCGUGCGCGGCGCAGCGCACUAGUUCUGAUUUCGGCCUGGGUUGGUUGGUACCUCUGCUGUCCCUGCUGUUGCUCCUGGUCGGCGCAUGGCUCAAGCUAGGAAAUGGACAGGCUACUAGCAUGGUCCAACUGCCAGGUGGGAGAUUCCUGAUGGGAACAAAUUCUCCAGACAGCAGAGAUGGUGAAGGCCCUGUGCGGGAGGCAACAGUGAAACCCUUUGCCAUUGACAUAUUUCCUGUCACCAACAAAGAUUUCAGGGAUUUUGUCAGGGAGAAAAAGUAUCGGACAGAGGCUGAGAUGUUUGGAUGGAGCUUUGUCUUUGAGGACUUUGUCUCCGAUGAGCUGAGAAACAAAGCCACCCAGCCAAUGAAGCCUGUACUCUGGUGGCUUCCAGUGGAAAAGGCAUUUUGGAGGCAGCCUGCAGGUCCUGGCUCUGGCAUCCGAGAGAGACUGGAGCACCCAGUGUUACACGUGAGCUGGAAUGACGCCCGUGCCUACUGUGCUUGGCGGGGAAAACGGCUGCCCACGGAGGAAGAGUGGGAGUUUGCCGCCCGAGGGGGCUUGAAGGGUCAAGUUUACCCAUGGGGAAACCGGUUCCAGCCAAACCGCACCAACCUGUGGCAGGGAAGGUUCCCCAAGGGGGACAAAGCUGAGGAUGGCUUCCAUGGAGUCUCCCCAGUGAAUGCUUUCCCCGCCCAGAACAACUAUGGGCUCUAUGACCUCCUGGGCAACGUGUGGGAGUGGACAGCAUCACCAUACCAGGCCGCUGAGCAGGACACACGUGUCCUCCGGGGGGCAUCGUGGAUCGACACAGCUGACGGCUCUGCCAAUCACCGGGCCCGGGUCACCACCAGGAUGGGCAACACUCCAGAUUCAGCCUCAGACAACCUCGGUUUCCGCUGUGCUGCAGACGCAGGCCGGCUGCCAGGGGAGCUGUAAGCAGCCGGGUGGUGACAAGGAGAAAAGCCCUCCAGGGUCACUGUCAUUCCCUGGCCAUGUUGCAAACAGCCCAAUUCCAAGCUCGGGAGCUUCAGCCUCAGGAAAGAACUUCCCCUUCCCUGUCUCCCAUCCGUCUGUGGCAGGCGCCUCUCACCAGGGCAGGAGAGGACUCAGCCUCCUGUGUUUUGGAGAAGGGGCCCAACGUGUUGAAGGUGGCUGGGAGCCAGGUGUUUCUCUUAGAGGCCAAGUAUUAUUGACACAGGGGCAAACAUGCAAACCAUUAGAACAGAGGGCUCUGAAAGGCCAUUUGUUAAGCAUUUUAAAAUCUAUUCUCUCUCUUUCUCCCUGGAUGAUUCAGGAAGCUGACAUUGUUUCCUCAAGGCAGAAUUUCCCUUGUUCUGUUUUUUGUUUUUUUUUUUUUUUUUUUUUUUUUUUUUU